CUCUCUCUCUGUUCCUUCUAGUUCCUUUUGGAUCUAAUUUCCUCCAAAAUUUCCAAACUUUGUUUGUUUUCAGUUUUUUACCUGAUUUAGGCAAACUCUCUUCCUGAUCUAGCUUCAAAUCACAAAGAUUCCAUCUUUAUUACAAACACCGAAGGUUGAAACUUUAUGAGCUCCAAACACAGAAUGUAGCCUCAACCAGCCAAAACCAAAGCAAACCCAAUUCAGCAAACAACCAUUUCCAGGUACCCAGUUCCUGAAAUCCCAGGAAUUUGGUCUCUGAAUGCUGCAAAUUGUCAGAGAAACACUAGAAAGAGCAAAGAGUGAGUUGAAAUGAAUGCUGCUGGGGCAUGAGAGACAGCAGCAGAAGGUGGGGGCUUAACAGUCAUUUGUCAGAGUCCUUGCUCCUGCGAUCUUUAUGAAUUCUCCUGCUAGAUCCUCCUCGGCCGUGUUGGUCUUCCUCCUCCUCUUCUUCGUCGGCGCGUUUGUCUGCACGCGCCUCCUCAACUCUACAACACAUACUCUGGGUGGUACUUCGGCGCAAGAUUCAAUACUAAAUACCAAAGCAUCCCAAUCAUACCCUCAUGACACCCCUGUUCUUCCCAAAACACCCCCAAAGAUACUCGAAAUCCCACUCAACUGCACUGCUUUCGACCUCACCAGAACCUGCCCCUCAAACUACCCUACCACCUCUUCCCCGGACCACGAUCCUGAGCGUCCACCUGCCCCCACGUGUCCGGAGUACUUCCGUUGGAUACACGAGGACCUCAGGCCAUGGGCCCACACGGGGAUCUCAAAGGCCACGUUUCAGAAAGCGAGGCGUACGGCGAAUUUCAAGCUGGUGAUUGUAAACGGCAAGGCGUACAUGGAGAGAUACGGCAAGUCGUUUCAGAGCAGAGACACUUUUACGCUGUGGGGGAUCCUACAGUUACUGCGUAGGUACCCAGGGAAAGUGCCUGAUUUGGAGCUCAUGUUUGACUGCGUUGACUGGCCUGUGAUCUUGUCAAAGUUUUAUACCGGGGAUAACUCAUCUGCCCCGCCACCGUUGUUUCGUUACUGUGGGGAUGACAGCUCACUUGACAUUGUUUUCCCUGAUUGGUCCUUUUGGGGAUGGCCUGAAAUUAAUAUAGCUCCAUGGGAGAACUUGUUGAAGCAGCUAGAGGAAGGUAACAAGAGGAGCAGAUGGAUAGACAGAGAGCCUUAUGCUUAUUGGAAGGGGAAUCCGGCUGUUGCUGAGACAAGGCAAGACCUGCUCAAAUGUAAUGUUUCCGAGGAACAGGAUUGGAAUGCUCGCGUUUAUGCUCAGGAUUGGUCUCGAGAAUCAAAGGAAGGGUUCAAGCAAUCGGAUUUGGCAAGCCAAUGUAUUCACAGGUAUAAGAUCUAUAUAGAAGGGUCUGCUUGGUCUGUGAGUAACAAGUACAUUCUUGCUUGUGAUUCCGUUACCUUAAUAGUAAAGCCUCGAUACUACGACUUCUUCACGAGAGAGUUGAUGCCAGUGCACCACUACUGGCCCAUCAAGGAUGAUGACAAGUGCAGGUCUAUUAAGUACGCUGUAGAUUGGGGAAACAGCCACAAGCAAAAGGCACAAGCCAUAGGAAAGGCAGCAAGUAACCUAAUUCAAGAGGAUUUGAAGAUGGACUAUGUCUAUGACUACAUGUUUCAUCUUUUAAGUGAAUACGCAAAGCUCUUACAAUUCAAGCCCACCAUACCUCGAAAAGCUAUCGAACUCUGCUCAGAGGCAAUGGCGUGCCAAGCACAAGGACUAGAGAAGAAAUUUAUGAUGGAAUCGAUGGUGAAGGGUCCUGCAGUCACUAGUCCAUGUACCAUGCCUCCUCCAUAUGACCCUCCAGCUCUUUUCUCAGUACUUAGGAGACAAUCAAAUUCAAUAAAACAGGUAGAAACAUGGGAGAAAAGUUACUGGGAAAAUCAAAAUAAGCAGUCAUAG